AUGGGCGAGGUCAACAUUAGCCAGGCUCUUGACCUGAUUUCGUCCGACCGCCUACGGGAGCGGCUUGACGGCCUUGGGGAUUUGAAGCAUAUUCUGCUUCAAAACAAGCGGACUUCGAAUUUAAACUUAUUAGAUGACAAAGGUUAUCAGAAAAUAUUCGAGGCUCUUUUCCGAUUCAUUUCAAAAGAAAAAUUGGCUUACAAUCGGGCAACCAAAAUCGGUCCGAAAUCAAUCGCGGCGUCGCGCCUUUCAACAUGUGCUUCAGUCCUUCGAACUGCUGUGGAAUUGUCAACGAGGACAGUGGGAUCCAGAACUGUUGCCGUUGUCGUGUGCCAUAUUAUAGACGUGCUACCCAUUCCGGGUGAAGGUUUGUGGGAUCCCCUUAGCGUUGAUUAUAUCAAGGCCUUGAGGUCUCUCCUUCAGUAUCCACCCCAUGUUGAACACCUCUCCAAAGACGACUGGCAUUGCCUUGUUGACUUUUGCCUUCGCGGGAUUGGUGUUGGCGAGGAAAGAAAUGAAAGCCAGUUGACAAUUCGUAGCGGGCCGCUUGCCCCAGAGAGUUUUGAUGACAGGGGUAGCCGCGCCGGUUCUGCAGCUCCCAGAGCAUCUCAACGCAACGGCCAUGCAGAUUUAAAAAGUAACGCUGAGGAGCUUGAGCUUUGCAUCCAGCUAUUAACGUCGUCCCCCACAUCUCCCAUCCUCGACGUAGCUGAAAAGCUACUUUAUGGCAUGACGGAUUAUUUAUCGUCGCUAAACGUGGUAGGGAGAUCGCCUUAUGCUGCCCUUAAUUCGAUAAACGUAGUACUUGCAAAGUCAAUAACGGAUAAUAUCGUACUUGUUCGGGAAACUAUUUUUCGUCUCCUUCCUACGAUCCGCCGUUUCUGGGUCUCCAAGUCUAGUCAACUGAGAGAUGAGAUGUUAAUGACCCUAACUCUCGGGAAAGACAUCCUAAGGUCCAACUGGGCGUCGCCAAUGGAGCUACAUAUUGAUACUCUACAGGGCUUAGUCGAGCAGAUCCACCGAACCUAUACACGGUUGCCUGAGAAAGAGAUCUUACAGGUUGAUGAUCUGAUAUUCGCUUUUGACUCGAGUCCAAUUCCGAUGGCCAUCAAGUUUAUGGCCCCUCGUCCCGGUGUUAGCAGGUCUGUACAACACUGGAUGACGUUAUCGAUUAUAGCAACUCUUUCGAAACUUGUGGAUGAUCUCUAUCUCACAUCCCACCCCCCUGAGGCUGACGGGGAGGAAGAAUCGAACAAGAGACAGCAACUACUUUCAAGAAUUGACGAUAUCUUCCGAGAUGCUUCAUCCUCCCUUGGUGUAAACCGAAUAUGUGCUCUUCAAACGAUUCCCUUUAUUAUUUAUCAAGUGGAUCUUGGGCUCGAGUGUGUUUCCUCCUUGUUGCAGCAACUCGCAGCCAGUAUUCUAGACGAGAGCGCUAUAGUCUCUUCAUGGACUAUGAUUGCUAUUGCAAGUGUUGCUGGUUGUGGGCAUGCAUCCUUGAAUGAACUGCGAGAGACCUGGUCCCAUAUAUGGGAGCUAGCAUGUCGCACUUUGCCGUCUCCUGGAACGACCCGUGCUGGGUGUACGCUGAUGUGCACCAUUCUUCACUACCAGUUAUUAGACCAUGUUGACACUGUAAAUACUAUUGAUUCGAUUGCUUCGUCCGUGGACCUCAACGGGCCCGUUACCCUCACGGAUUCUGCUCUCUGUCUUUGGACGACUACGAUGGAUUUAAGGUCCAGAGCAAACCCGGCACAGUGUCAAGAGCUGGCGAGACAGAUUUGUGCGUGGCUUAAGACCACUUGGGCAAUUGGCCCAGUUACCGAUAGACUCCAUGCGUCUCAGGUCGCUUGGUUUGCACGGCCAUUAAACCUACUCAAUUUGUUAAUAUCAUGUACCGGCAGAACAGUCGCUUCUCUAGCUCCCAGCUUUCACGGACCGGUUUGCCGAUUAGCCCAGAUGUGGAUUUCUUAUCAUCAAAACCGCGAUUUACUAAAGUACCUCCUGCUUAUUGACCCUCAGGAAUGUUUCGAAUGCUCGAAAUUGUCUAAUAAUGGGAUCAUUGAUGUGCAGUCCUCUACAAGAAGUAACCCCAAUGACAUUAUUGUCCUGGACCUUCUGCAAACCAGACUUGACUCAUUUUCCCAGGCUUGGACGCAGCUUUUUGCGGAUAAGUCGAGUCAUAUUACUGCCGAAACCAUUCAGACGUUGGUAUCUCUUUGUGUUAUAACAAAUUCGUUCGUCGAAUCCAUCUCUUCGCAGUCUUUUCGUUCACAAACUCUAAAACGGGCGACUGAUACCCUGUGGAAGAGUUUGUGCGAGCAUCUAUCUCAGGAUGCUGCAUCUCUUCAAUAUUGCUUGGACGUCCUGGCUCCCCUGAUAUUGUCACUAGAACCGCCGUUUGAUCGGAAAAGCAUAAUCUUGAAGGCAGUUAGUACAAUGUCUCCUGAGCUGCUUCCACUUCUAAAUCGUCGACGCGAGUUAGAGCGGGGUGGAGCAAAUUUGUCAGACGAUGGUAUGGACCUUGAUGGUCCGUUUUUGUCUCGGGAGAGCAUAUCAGCCGAGUUUGAGAUUAUCUCAAAGCUAAACCGCGAGGACGAUGCGACUCCUAUUUUUGAGGACCUUGAUUCCAUUCGGAUAGCGAGUACAGUUCAACUUUCCCUAAUUGAAGGAUAUAUUUCUACCGAAGACCAGAUUGACGUCAGCGGUCUCAUCAGUAAUUACAUAGAAACUUGGGACGAGGCCGAUAUUCUCGUUGGAUGGACAUAUUUGGCUAAUUUUGUUAGCUCCCUACCAUAUAUUAGCAGGUCUGAGGCGUGCGCCUUGAUAGAAUUUUUUGGGGAGCAAUGCCUCGGAUCAUACGCUCUCGAAAGAUGCGAAGCUUCAAUAUGUGCGUGUAUAAAGCUGAUGACAUGUCUCGCGGAGCUUUGGACAACUGAUGAAAGCGACGAUCUUCAUGAGUCUGCAUCGGAUAUUUAUACAUGGUUUGUUGAUGUCUUGAUCGGAAAGGGUAUCGGCACCUCUAAGGCCUUGAUUAGGCUUUCUGAAUUGCUGAGGCACGUUCUGAAUGCCAACCCGGCCUUCCUCAGGGGAAACCAGUGGCCUUCACCCCGAACAAGCCUGUUCAAAAUUCUUCGAGACGGCGACUCAAUAGUGAAAUUCCAUGUUUCCGAUCUAAUCCCGGGAAUAUUUGGUGGAUUUGUUUUGAAAGAACACGAUGCGAUUUUUGACGAUAUUUUAGAAAGCCUCCCCCGGGAUCGUGAAUGGGUUGAAGGAAUUGCCUUGCGUUUAUUCGUCCUUGCCAAGCUUGCAUCUAAAUGGCAUACUCUACUGCGCCGGAGUAUAUAUCAUAUAUUUGAGACGCCGGGGCAAGUGCCAUCGUCUACAUCGUAUGCGAAGGAAUGCCUGCAAAACGUGUCAAAGGCCCUGGGUCUUGUCAAUGUGCGAGAGCUCUUCAAACUCUUUUCAUCUCAGAUUAUCUAUACGUGGAUAGAGACCCAGUCGCUUACGCAACUGCCCUUUGGAGUGUUUGGCUAUGAUAGCCUUAGAGAUUUACUUGUGGACGUGCAGGAUGAAGCCAUCGCGCAGGUGGUCAUGCGUGUCAAAGAACAGGAUAUGGAUGAGAUUUCAACGUGCUUGAAACUAUCUCCUCAGGACCUAUUAUCUAAGUCGUUCUACCGAGCCGAAGCCUAUAGCAUUGCUCGUGAUAUCAGUAUGCCCCCAUCCCAAGAUCCAAAGUCACGAGGCUCAGAAAGUGGAAUGAAAAAAUUGUUGGGACCGGAUAAGUUUUUGAGUCUUGUGGAGAAGCACUUCCCGGAAAUCGUUGCAGUGAUCUUUAGGUCUAUGGAUCAGACUGAGCAAAUCGAGAGAGCCUUCGUGAAACGUCCCUUUUUCCAGCCCGCCUUGGAGCGGUUGAAAAAUAUUUGUGAGAGAAGCUCAUCAUCUGCAACACUCCCAAUUGGCCAGCAGCCUUCUUUUCGAGCACGAUACUUAAUAGAUGAGCUAGAAUUUCUUUGCAGGCGUACAGGUUAUGACCUUGAGACAAUGUGGACACCAGCAUUGGUUUCCUUCGUUGCGAGAGAGCUGAUAGAAUCAAUACAUCCCGCUCUAGGCUCACUCCAUGCGUGUUCUGUCAUUCGCAAAUUGAGAGCUUUGGUUUGCAUCGCUGGAUCGAUAGUUCUCGUGAAUUACCCUCUUGAGUUACUUCUACAUUGUUUAGGUCCGUUUCUUACUGAUUUCCAAUGCUCCGCCGAUGCGAUUGGCGUCUUUUGGUAUCUAAUCGAUGAAGGACGAAGGUAUCUCUCCUUCAGUCCGUCGUUCCUUACUGGUCUAGCGGUGUCUACCCUGGCCUCUCUCAGGGGCUUUCUUUCUUCUCGACAAGAAAGCACAACUCAGGAGACUCACUUUCGAGCCACGAUGUCCAAUGCGCAGGUCUUCCAUCAUUGGUUAUCGGAAUAUUUACAUGAUUAUCAAGCUCACGAUCUUAAAGACGACGAACAAAGAUCGUUGAAAAAGAUUAUUAAAUCCUCUCAGAACAUUUGCCUCGCUGGUAAUGCCUCCAAGGGCACCCAUGAAGGCGAACUUAUGGUAGAAUUGCUACAAGGUAAGGUGUCAGGGAGGAAUCUAUUGAGCAGUGCAGCUUCAGAUCUAGCUUUUACACAGCUGUGUCACGAGUUCCAAAGGCCGGAAACGUUCCGUGAUGACAUUUUGGGUGAGGAUCAGGUUGCCUUCUCGAAUACAGUUGCAUUAUGGAAUUCAUUAGAAAAUAAAGCACUUGGCUCAGGUUAUCGACUUUGGGUCGCUAGAGCUUUAGGGAGAUCAUAUGCCGCUACUGGUAUUGUCAGCGAAUUGUUACUUCGGGAGCAGCGAGUGGCAUUUCCCAACGAUCCUACCAAGAACGAUUCCGUCAACUCGAAAGUGUUGAUUAUACGUGCUCUGUGUGAUUCUCUCCUCUCGAAUGAUCGGCAAAUGGUCGGGCUGGCAGAGCGGACUCUGCAACUCAUCAUGCAAAAGUCAUCCAAAGCAACGGGUAUUGAUGGGUACGAACAAGCCAUUCCUGAGUCUCUUACGGAAGCGCUAUUUUGGUAUCCCUACCACUGCCCAGACUUGACUCUAAAUGAGCCUGAGAAAUCUUCCGUUGAUCCUAAUAUUUACUGGAACGCAUCCGUAUCCGUUCUUGAAUUUGCUAAGAGCUUUUCCCUGGCUCUAUCACUUAAGGCAUCCGGCGACCCUGUGGUUGGUGUACUGCAACCCAUCCUAUUCGCCAUACCUUCUCUAGCGGUCCAAUUAGUUCCAUAUAUUCUUCACGAGGUGCUAUCUCUGGAAAAUCAUAAUAAAAAGAUUCGACAAGCUGUUUCCGCCGCUUUUCGAGAGGCGUUACACAACGUCCAAGAAUCGACACUUCCACACGUUCGGUUAAUAAUAUACUGUAUUUUAUACCUUCGGUACCAGCCGUUUCCUCGGGAGUCGACUAUGGACGAGAGAGAUAAUUGGCUUGAAAUCGAUUUCAUGGAGGCUGCCCACGCAGCAACCAAAUGUCGAAUGUAUAAAACUGCUCUUUUGUUCGUCGAGAUCCAUUUUUCACAUAUCGCCUUAGCCGCUCGAAGAUCGUCAGCUAUUAAAGUCGCGGAACCAACAGAGCUGCUUCAUAGUAUCUAUUCUAAUAUUGAUGAUCCCGACAUGUUCUAUGGUAUUCGGCAGGAAGCAUCCAUCGAUAGUGUCCUUGGAAAGCUGAGUUAUGAGAGUUCUGGACUCAAAAACCUUGCUUUUCAGAGCGCAAAUUACGAUACAGAUAUGAAAUUGGACCUAACCACGGACGAAAAAAGUGCCCUUGGUAUCGUAAAAGCCUUGAAUUCAACCAACCUUCAGGGCAUCGCCAACGUCAUGUUUCACUCACCAGAGAUAAGAGUCAAGAGGCCAGAGGCUUUCGACAACAUGAUUUCCACUGCUUUGUACCUUCAGCAAUGGGAUGUACCAAUCCCGAAUACUGCUUCUCCCACCGGUAAUCUUUUCAAAGCUUUGCAAGCCUUGAACACUUUUGAAGAAAAAGCGCAAAUAAUGCGGACUUUGGAUGAAUGCUUCUUGGACAUGCUUAGCCGCCUAUCCGAGCAGAAUCAAUCUCUUUCGUCUCUUAAAGACACUAUGAGAGCCCUUGGUAUACUUUCUGAGGUCGACGAGAUUAUAUCUUCCGAAUCAUGCACUCAAGUUCAAGAAACCUGGGAGAGGAUAUUAAGCAGGAGCUCAUGGUUGAAAUUUGAAAGUUUUGGAAGCAUUGGUCAAAUCCUGUCUUGUCAUGAAGGGGUAUUUUCCAUUAUUAGCCGAAAGCCUCAGCUACAGGCGAUGUUGGGCAUAAGCUCUGGAGAUGCACAACUUUUGAAAGUGAAAGCUAUACGAGAAUCCCUUCGAAUUAGCAGAGAGCAUGAUGCUCACCAAGCCUCACUUAAGUCAGCGAUGCUAUUGACAAAGUUGGCUGGGCCGUGCUCGAAAGUGGGACUUGAGAUUGAUGCUGCAGCCACGUUCGAUUUGGCCAAUGUGCUAUGGGAUCAAGGAGAGAUGACUACGUCCAUUAAAAUGCUUCAACAACUUAGUGAGCGAAACGACCCGCAAAAGGAGGCGAUUUCCGUGAAUCGAGCAGAGAUUCUAGCCAGUCUGGGGCAUCAUAUCGCUGAGGCUAGGCUAGAAAAGCCGGAUGCGAUCAUUCAGGAUUAUCUAGUCCCAGCUAUCAAGGAGCUCAGGGGACAUCAUGAUGGGGAGGAAGCAGGUCUUGCUUUUCAUGAAUUUGCCGCGUUCUGCGAUCAACAAUUGCAGAAUCCUGAUAUGCUGGAAGACUUCAAGCGGAUUGAGCAAAUACGCCAUCGAAAAGAGAAAGAAGUCCAAGAUUUGGACCAAAUGAUGAAGACAGCGACAGGAAAGGAGAGGGAUCAGCUACGUAUUUAUCGAACCAAAACAAAGCAGUGGUUUGACCUCGAUGAUCGGGAGUAUCAACGCUUGAAACAAAAUCGAGAGACCUUUCUGGAACAGUGCCUCGAGAACUACUUGCUCUCACUCAAGGCAUGCGACAGUUUUAAAAAUGAUGUCCUUCGAUUUUGUGCUUUGUGGCUCGAUAACUCAAAUAGCGACAUUGCCAAUGGGGCAGCCGGGAAAUACCUCUCACAAGUACCGAGCAGAAAGUUUGCACCGUUGAUGAAUCAGCUUUCAUCGCGGAUACUGGACGUUGAAGAUAGUUUUCAGCCACUGUUGUUUGAUCUCAUCUUUAGGAUUUGCAGGGAACAUCCGUAUCACGGCAUGUAUCAAAUAUUUGCGAGCAGCAAAUCGAAAGUCGGGAACGAUCAGAUGGCUAAAUCGCGAUUUAAUGCCGCAGGGAAGCUGGUUGGGCGGCUUAAGAGUGAUCGUGCAUCAGGCGCAACAUGGGUGGCAAUUCACAACACUAACAUUAGCUACGUAAGGUUCGCGAUGGAGAGAAUGGAAGAAAAUGUCAAGACUGGAUCCAAAGUACAGCUCCGAAGUUCUGUCAUGGGCCAAAAGUUGAUGCAAGAUGUCGCAAAACAAAAGAUUCCACCUCCAACUAUGAAGAUCGAGCUUCGUGCAGAUCGUGAUUAUAGCAAAGUACCACGCCUUACGAACUUCUUGCCGGAAUAUUCAGUUGCGUCUGGAGUCAGUGCGCCUAAGAUUGUGACAGCGAUUGCAUCUGAUGGAUUACGUUACAAGCAACUGUUCAAAGCUGGUAACGACGACUUGCGUCAAGAUGCGAUAAUGGAACAAGUUUUUGAACAAGUUAGUGGUUUACUCCAAUCUCAUCGAGCCACUCAACAGCGUAAUCUCGUAAUCCGAACUUAUAAAGUCCUUCCUCUUACCGCCAAUGCCGGAAUCAUCGAGUUUGUUCAAAACACUCUUCCAUUGCACGAAUACUUAAUGCCUGCACAUCAAAAGCAUUUCCCAAAAGAUAUGAAGCCAAAUGCCUGUCGAAAGCACAUCAGUGAUGCACAGACAAAGUCCUUGGAGCAGCGAUUAAAAGUCUACCGCCAAGUUACGAAUCACUUCCACCCAGUCAUGAGAUACUUCUUCAUGGAGAAAUUUCAGAAUCCAGAUGACUGGUUUAGCAAACGACUGGCAUAUACGCGAAGCACGGCGGCAAUAUCAAUUCUUGGACAUGUUCUCGGUCUCGGUGAUCGGCACGGCCACAACAUUCUUCUCGAUGAGAAAACUGGCGAAGUGGUGCAUAUUGAUCUUGGCGUAGCAUUUGAGCAGGGCCGCGUUUUACCUGUCCCUGAAGUAGUUCCAUUCCGGCUUACUCGCGAUCUAGUCGACGGAAUGGGGAUCACCAAGACAGAAGGAGUCUUUCGUCGUUGCUGCGAAUUUACCCUCGAGGCUUUACGCCAAGAAUCCUACAGAAUCAUGACUAUCCUCGACGUGCUGCGAUAUGAUCCAUUGUAUAGCUGGUCCUUGUCUCCACUCCGCAUGAAGAAAAUGCAAGAAGCAGCAGAAGGAGCAGGGGCAGUCAACGAGGGUGGAAACGGAGCAUCAGCGAACGAGCCAAGUGAGGCGGACCGAGCAUUGACGGUUGUAGCGAAGAAGUUGAGCAAGACGUUGAGCGUGGCUGCUACGGUUAAUGAACUGAUCCAACAGGCCACGGACGAGAGGAAUUUGGCUGUAUUGUAUUGUGGAUGGGCUGCGUAUGCGUAAAUCUCCCUACGUUUGAGCAUGGCGUCUGUCAUUGAAUAUCUGUUUGGCUAUUGGCUAGAUUUGGAUAUUAUAGAGACCCUUCGUACCGUCUCCUAAAGAUGAUCGGUGCUCAUGUGCCAAAACAUUGCGCUUUCUCAUAAUUAUACCCGAUAAUUGUCAAGUCCUUAGGGUUGAUGUACUAUCCAGUUACACCCGAAGUUUCAAAGUUUUCGUAUAUAGACGACAGACAUAGAAUGACAAUGUUUCUUUGUUAAUAGA